AUGUCUCGACAAGGCGAAGGGAAAAUCGGCGUAGGGGUACGUGCUGCAGAGUCGGUAGCAGGCCAGGGUGGCGCGGCGAACGAUGCGAAGAAGGGUCUGAGUGGAGGUGGGAUUGGCGGCGGAGGGAAAAGCGCGACAGGUCAUUCUGCUGUGACGAUUAAUCGAGUGAAGGGUGGUUUGAACGACGGCGACGAUGACGACACGGAAGAGGAAGAAGAGGAGGAGGAGGAGGGAGAGGAGGAGGAGGAGGAAGAGGAGGAAGAGGAAGAGGAAGAGGAGGAUGAAGAAGAAGAAGAAGAAGAGGAGGAAGAGGAAGAGGAAGAGGAAGAGGAAGAAGAAGAAGAAGAAGAAGAAGAAGAGGAGGAGGAGGAGGAGGAGGAGGAGGAGGAGGAGGAGGAGGAGGAGGAGGAGGAGGAGGAGGAGGAGGAGGAGGAGGAGGAUGAGGAGGAAGAGGAGGAAGAGGAGGAGGAGGAGGAAGAGGAGGGGGAAACGAAAGCGAAGGUUUCUAGGGCGCAAUCAAACAUCAAGAGAACAAUGGGGGGCAUCGGGGGGAGGUCUAUGAUUGUAAAGCGGGAGCCGUUCCGCGAGCGGGUAAGCUCUGUUAGCGGCGCUGCCAGCGAGCCGACCUCCCCCAGUGGUGCGCAGGGAACAGCGGGGAAGCGGAAGGAGGGCGCAAGAGAACGCAAGCGGAGCAAGCGCAGGCGGCAGGGAGUGGACGCGUGGCAGCUCGCGUAUUUUGCUGCAGUUGCGCGGCGCCAGGCCGUGUCGCUGCGGGAGGAGUCGGAGAGGGUGUGGGUGGAAGCGGAUCGCGUGCUGCGCCAAACCAGGCGGCUCGGUGAAACUGCGGCGGCGGCUUUGGAUGCAACGGCAGCCGCCAUAGACGGGAUGGCGCAGGUUGGUCGAGACGGCGGGGGGGAAAAGGGCGCGGGAAGCUUCCGGAGCAGAAGCGGGAAGGGCGCAAAUGGCGGUGGUGCGCGCCCGGGGGGGAAUGACGGCGGGCUGAGCCUGCUGGGCGGAUCGGCGUUUCGCGUGACGCGCAUGGUGACGAAGAGCCGUGGGGGGCGGGAGAAGUUCGCGGAAAGCGAUACCAGCAGCAGCAGCGACUCCGAUAGCGAUGCGCCUGCCCCAUUGAAACUCCCCGACUCCGGGGAUGACGGCGGAGGCGGGGACGCGCCAGGCGGCGGAGUCAAGCGACUGGGGCUCGGUGCGCUUGCAAAGUCCGUGAUGAAGCUGCACGGGGUCAAGGGGCGCAGGGGGGCGGCGGGGAACAGGGGAGCUGAGGGGGGCAGCGCGCCUGUGGUGCGGAGGGGGAGUGGAGUCGAGGCGUUGAGCAGCGGGGGGAGUAGGAAGAGUGUGAAAAUGGAUAGGGAGAGCGAGCAAGAAGAAGAAGAGGAAGAGGAAGAGGAAGAAGAGGAGGAAGAGGAGGACGAGGAAAGAAAGGAGGGUGGUGGUGAAGGGAAGGAGGAGGAGAAGAAUGAGCUAUGGGACGAGGAGGAAGUGAUAGCAGCAAUAUUAGCAGCAGCUACGGCGUCGGACCGUGGGCUAGACGAGGGGCUGGCGCUAUGGGACGUGGAUUCUGCCUCGAGUGGCGGCGCGAAGGCCAAGAAGCGCUUUAAGCGCGCCGCGAUGCUCUCGAUGUUCGCGUCCACAUUCGUGCGCGCUGUCGGCUCGCGUGGUGUGGAUGUCGCGAGCACUCCGCUUGCUGUCGCCACGCCUGCGGCCGGCGCGCGCGGGUUGUGGGGCCGCGCAGUAAGCGCGGUAGCCACGGGGGGGUUCGCCGCCGCAACUCCUUCAGGCGUUCCUUCCAGUACCCUUUCCCUGUUUUCCUCCGCCGAUUCCGCGGGACCUCCGCAAAGUCAUAACGGGCAAGGGGUUGCGCGCGACUUGUGGGGCCGCGCUGUAGGCGCGGUUAAAGGGCAAGAUUUCUCCGCCGCGUCCACUCCCGGUCCUCCACAAACAGGCGGAGCGCGCGAGUUAUGGGGCAGUGCUUUCGGCGCCGCGACAAGUGUAGAACUUCCGCCGCCGCUGCUCAUUCCUCCGCGGGGUCUUUCCCCCGCGGAGCUCUCCGCGGUCGCGUCCGGGGGUACACCGCUUCCGCCCCCAAGCCAUGCAGCGGGAGGCAAUGCGCGUGCCUUAUGGGGCCGCGCGCUGGGUGUGGUGACUGAGCAGGGUUUUCCGCUCCAAACCCCCGCCGCGUCCAGCUCCGCGGGGCUAUCUGCUGCGGAAGCAGGCCCGCGGGGGCUGUGGGGCCGUGCGGUUGCCGCGGCGACGGGGAAUGAGUCACGGGACGCGGGGGCGAGCGGAAGUUGGAGUGGGCGGAAGCAGCGGGCGCGCGGGCGGCGGUCGUCUUUGCCUUCAGAAGAGGAGCUGGGACAGAUCGCGGAGAUUGCGUGUGAGAUGCAGGAGGAGACGCGGCAACAGAUAGAGUCCGCGCAGCGCCUCAACAUGUUCCUGGCGCACGAAAAUGCACUGGCGCAGGGGCACAUGUACGGAUAUGGCGGGUAUGCGCACCCAUUCCCGCAUGCGGACGCGCAUGCGCACCCCGCCUUCGCGCAUCCCCACGCGCACCAAUCCCCGCUCUUUUCCCCCUUCGCACAUUCUGACUCCUUUUCCGCUCUCCAUGGCGCGGAGAAAUCCCCCUUUCCCGCGGCCACUCCGAGCGCCAAAGGCUCUUCCCCCGCCGGUAUGCCCGCUCACUUGCAGCAGCAGCAGACGGGGGGAGCUUCCCCGGGGGGACGCCCGCUGGAACGCGCGUGGGGCAUGAAGAACGCGGAUCAGGCGGUGGGGGGAAGGAUGGCUGGCGCGCGCGGGGAGAAUGGGGGAAGGGGGAAUGCGCGGAGGCGGAGUGGGUCAGCAGCGAGUGGGGUGAGGAUGGUGCUUGCUAUGAAGCAGAUGGCGGGGAGGGAGGGCGGCGGCGGGGGGAAGGAAUCGGAAUCGGAGUAUGAUACAGAGGCGGAGGAGCACAAGGCGCAGAAGGAGAAGGAGCGCGAGUGGCUGCAGGAGAAGAGCCGCGAGGUGGAGGCAGCGGGGGACACGGAGGGCGAGGAGAAGGAGAGGGCGCGGGAGAGGGCGCGGCAGCUGGUGCGGCGGCCAGAGCUGAAGCGCAGCUCGUGGAAAGACUACGAAGGGCAUGCGGCGGGCAGCGGGGGCAGCUGGGAGGACGCUGCACAGGGCUUUGCAGAGAAAGGGGAUGAUCGGGGGGGACGAGAGGGGGUGAGAGACAACAUGUUGAUCGACAGAACCACUAUCAACGCCCCACCGGCAUCCAAAGACCCAAACCAGCCACGUGCUUCCAACGCCCCCGUCCUACCCACCACGGGUUCCGCUCCCCCUUCUUCCUCCAACCCCCCUCCUGCACCACCGGGCAAGCCUGGCAUGUUAGGAAAGCCGGGGCUGGGCGCUCCAUUGGUGUCCGCCAGUGGGGGAGGCUUGCUCAACUCGCAUAGCUCAGGUGACUGGUCCUCCACUCUCCCUGAUGGUGCUGCUGGUUCUGGCCUUGGCAGCGGCAAGAGCAGUGGUAUUGCAUCUGCAGGUGCCAGUGCCGUCUCCUCCUCUGCCACGUCAUCCGGAGCCACGUCAGCAGGGACCAUGCCACCCCUGCGCAGGUCGCAGACGGCAGGAGGGCAGGAGGUGGGGCGGAUCGCCCCCCGGGGAAUGGCAGCAGGAGGGGUAGCGGCGAGUGGUGCAGGAGGAGGGGGUGUGCAGCGGCAGGUGGGGUAUGGAGAGGGGUCGUUGGGGGAGGGUGACGACGGUGGGUUGGGCAUGGUGAGAGGAGGAAGCGAGAGGCCGAAAGCAAGCGGAGGGGUGGUUGGGAUGGAGGGUGGAGAUGACUCAGUGCAGCUGGUGCGGAGCAUGAGUGUGGAUCCACGAGGUAAGGCUGGAGGUAAGGGCGGAGUGGGGGAGGGAGGCCAUGGCAGUGGGCGAAUGGCACUUCCGGAAGUAGAUGCGAGCAACUUCACCAAGACUCAUUCGUUCCACAUGGCGCCAUCUAGAAAUGCUGGCAUGCAGGCGCCAAGGGGCAAGCCAGGGGGUUCUGCGAGAAUCUUCAAUAAUCCAUACGCAUCGCCAUUGGCUCAUUCGUCUACAUUACCUCGUGCCUUCAUUUCCAUCUUCUCAUCGUCCUCCCACCUCCCCCUCUUUCCCAUGCAGCUGCCGCCAGGCCAUGAGAGCCUCCACGUGUCGCUCUAUCAGGACACGGGGCGCCUUCAGAGCCAGACGAGCCGUGUGGCCGUGAAGAACGGCGCGUGUCAGUGGGGGGACACGCUGACGGAGGUGGUGAAGCUCACGCGCGCCAAGGGCAGCAAGGCGUUCGACGCCAAACACUACCGCCUCGUCGUUGCCUCGGGACCAUCCAAGGCGUCCAUUCUUGGCGAGGCGUCACUGAACCUCGCGGAUUUCGCCGCCUUUUCGCAGCUGGACCAGCGAUCUCUGCCUUUGCGCUGCUGCGAAGCGGGCUCCGUGCUGCACGUGACAGUGCACUCCAUCCCUCUCGAGACGCGACACACACCCAACUCUCACUCCGACGACGAAUCCGAGUCGGCCGACGGCGCGGCGCCACGCUCGCCGCACACCCUAUCCUUCACGCGGCACCGGCCGUACGAUACGGAGAGCGACGACGAGCGCGGGGGCGCGGCAGACGAAGAGAGCGAGGCGGAGGAGCGCAUGUACGGGGCGGCGGGUGCGGGGGCGCGGUCGCGGUCCGCGCGGUAUAGCAGCAGCGCAGCAUCAGAGCCGGCGGAUUCUCUGCCCGCCACGCCCCUCUCAAAACCCGCUGUCGCGCCCGCUAAUGCGCUCGCCAAGUUGCAGCUCUUCACGGGCUCGGCGCGCUCCUUGACCGCGCCAUCCACGCCCCCCCGUUCGUUACACUCCCCGCGAACCCCGCCAACUCUCGCGCAGGUAACUUCUGGCGCCUCCGCGCCUGAUUUCUCUCUCUCCCCGCCGCCCGCCCUACGCGCGCACCAUCUGGCCCAGCGCAAAGACGACUCCGACUACGCUCGGAGCAGCGACCGCGUGUUAAGCGAUCCGCCACCAGCCGUGCCGCCGCCAACAGGCGCAGCGCCACGUCAUUCUAUGGUGUCUGACGUGUCUCCGCCUCUCGAGCCCCCGCCGUUCCUUCACUCCAUCCGCGCCUCGUCCCGCCCAAGCUCCCCCAUGCGCGCAGCUGGCAGUGCGCGCAUGAGCGGAGCCGGCGGUCCCGGGGGGGUUGGCGGAAGUUGGCGGGGAGAGGGCGCCAGCGUGGGCGGGGUUGCUGAAAGCGUAGGGAGUGGGAGUGUAAGCGGAAGCAGCAGCGCGGGGGGAUGGAGCAUGGCGCGUGGAAGCACCACGAGCGCGUCCAUAAGCCGCAGCAGCAGCUGCGCAAGCAGCAACGGCGGGUGGUCCGCCAUCGGCUCGUUCCGCGGAGCGCAAUCGCCCGUCAGUCGGAAAACCCUGCUGCUGGAUCUGCAGCAGCAGCAGCAGCAGGGGGUGGGGAUGACGCAAGCGGAGCGGAAAGUGGGCGCAAGCGGAACGGAUGCUGCCUGCGCAACCUCUGGCGCGGGUGCUGGUGGCGCAGGGCAGGGGGCGGGUAUGCGGAAUGGGGGCGGGGACGGCACGUCGCUGAACACGCGGGUGAGUGGCCACAGUCAAGUGGAGUCCGCGGGUAGAACCGCGGGUAGUUCCGCCACGCAAGCGGUGGGAGCGGAUGACCUGCGCGGAGCGGAGGCCAGAGCACGACUUGGUAGGAGCAGAAGCGUAACUGGCGGGGGUGAGGAGGGAAACGACGCGCUGCUGGCGGCGGAGGGCGCGGCUGCGCGUGAUGUGGAUGAGUCGCGCGUUCCGGGGUGGCAGGUGGAGCGCCUGCGGGCGCAGGUUGCGCGCGCAAGGGCGCAGCAGACGAAGGUGGAAGAGGAGCGCGACCGAUUGGCGGAAGAGUUGCGCCGAGCGCAGAGCGCAGGCGGAAGCGGAGGAGUCGGAAGCGGAGGAGCGGUGACCGGCACGCUGGGUGCGCUCGGGGCAACGACUAGCAGCAGCAGCAAUGGCAGCGGGAGCGGGCUGUGGGGGAGCGGGUGGGAAGCGAGCGGGGGGGAGGGGAGCGGGGGGGAAGGCACACAGAGCUCGACGGACGGCGGAGAGAGCAGCGGGCGGGAGGCAAUGGAGGAGGCAUCGCAGUUGCGGGGCGAUAUGUCGCGCGCGCGGGACGAAGCUUCACGCGCGCGGGAGGAGGCGUCGCGCGCGCGAGAGGAGGUGCGGUACUACAAGGACGUGAGCGCGCGCCUGACGGCUCAAGUGGACUUGCUGCGGAGCACCAACGACUCGCUCGCGCAAGAAGCGCGCCAAGCCGCGGAAGACGCCAGCAAGGCGCGCCGCGAGGCGCAGGAGCUGGCGGCGGCGGGGAGGGAGCGCGAGCGCGCGCUGCGCAGAAUGGAUGGGGCCGCGGAAGAGAAGGAGCGCGCGUGGCGGGAUCGCCUGCAGCGCCUUGUGGAGGAGCGCGGAGAUCUCGAGGCUAAGCUCCGGCGCGCGGAGGCGGAGCGGGAGGAGGCGGAAGAGCAACUGCGCGCACACAGCGAUUCCCGAAGAGGCGGGAACGGGGAAAGCGUAGGCGGGGGGAGCGCGGAGGAGUUGCGGGAGUUGCGCGCGCGGGUGGAGGAGGGGGAGCGCGAGGUGGAGGAGCUGACGCAGGAGAGCCUGCAGCUGGCGGCGGGGCUGAGCGCCGCGCGGAGAGAUGUGGCGGAGCGGGAGGCGCGGAUCAAGGAGCUCCAGGUGCAGGUUAGCGUGCUGCAGCGGUGGGAGAGGCGCGAGGAGCGGCGGGGUAAGGGCGGAGACGACUGGGGGAUGCGGCGGAGAGAGGAGGGCGGAGCGGAUGAGAGCGGGGAAGGUGCGGAGCAGGUGGAGCAGCUGCAGCAGCAGCUGCGGCGGCAGGAGGAGCAGGCGCAAGAGGCGGAAGCGCAGGCGCGGCGAUUGGAGGAGCAGUGCGCGGAGCUGGAAGAGGCAGCGCAGCGCGGCAGAGAGCGGGCGGAGGAGGCGGAGAAACGCGCGGAGCAGUUGGCGCAGCAGGUGGCGGACGCGGAGAGGGCCGCGCGCGAAGCGGAGGAGGCGCAGAGGCGCGCGGAGGGGCAGGCGCGACUGGCGGAGAUGAGCGCGGAAAGGCUAGGCAACCGCGUCCGCGCGCUGACGCCCUUGGAAGCGCGCGUGGGGGAGCUGGAAGAGGAGCUGCGCGUGGGGGUGGAGCGCGUGCGCGUGCAGGAGCGGGUCAAGGCGGAGGCGGAGGCGCGCGCGCGACAGCAGGCAGCGCUGCUUGCGGAGGUGCGGGAGGAGCUGGAGGGGGAGGUGCGGCAGCUGGGGAACCAGGUGGAGGGGCUGCAGCAGCGGUGCAGAGCGGUGCAGGGGGAGAAAGAGAGACUGGAAGCGGAGAGGGACAGACUCGAGGAGGAGGUGAAGCAGGCGCGCGCAGCAGCGCUGGCGGAAGCAGGCAAGGCGGAAGCGGAGGCGAAGCGCGCAUGGGGGGAGGUAGAAUCGAUGAGGCGGGCGGUUGAGUCUCUGGAGAGGGGGAAGCGGGAGGCGGAAGCAGAGGCGAAGGGCGCGCGGGAUGCGCGGAGGGCGGCGGACGUGAGAGUAGAAGAGCUGUCAGUGCAGCUGGCGUCGCUGCGGGAAGUGCUGCAGGAGCAGGCGGAGCGGGCGGAGGGCGCGGAGGCGGGGCGGAAGGCGCAGCAGGCGCAGGCAGAGGCGGAGGCGGAGAGGGGCAAGGCGGAGAGGCUGCAGCAGGAGGUCCAGGGGCUGGCGGGUGAGGUGGCGCGGUUACAGGGGGAGGCGGAGCAGGCGCGGAGGGAGCAGGAGGAGCAGCAGCGGGUGGCAGAGGGGAGGGAGAGGCAGCGUAGGGAGGCGGAGGGCAGGGCAGCGCGGCUGGAAGAAGCGCUGAGGACGGUGGAAGAGGAGCUAGCACACAGCCUGGCGCAGAGGCGCCACGUGCAGGAGAGAGAGGUCCAGCUGGAGGCUGAGGUGGCAGCGCUGACUGGGAAUGCCGCCAGGCUGGCGAAGGCUGUGCGGGCGGCGGAGGAGAGGGCGGCAGAGGCGGAGGAAGAGGUGGGGAGGAUGAGGGAGAGCGUGGAGAGGGUGAGGGGGGAGAAGAGGGAGGUGGAGGAGCGGAUGGAUGAGGUGGAGGCGGAGAGGAGGCGGCUGGAGAGAGAGGUGGAGCGGCUGAGGGGGAGUGCGCGUGGGGAGGGUAAGGCGGAGCGGGAGACAGCAGGGAGUGGGGUGGAGCAGGAGCUGUGGGCACGACUGGAUGUGCUGCUGGGUGAGAAGGAGGAGGCGGUGCAGCGCGCUAUAUGCGUGGAGGAGGGGUUCCGGCGCGAGAGGGCUGCGUGGGAGGCAGAGAGGAAAGAGGUGAGGGGCGAGGCGGAGAGGAUGAGAGGAGAGGUGGAGAGAGCGAGGGCGGAGGCGGAACGGGCGAAGAGAGAGGUGGAGAGGGUUGAAGGGGAGUUGAGUAUGGUGAGGGUGGGUGCUGGUGGUGCUGCUGCUGCAGUGGGAGGGGAAGCGGCCAAUGGUGCUGGAGGAGAGAAAGGGGCGGGUGAGGGGCCGGCGAGGAGGCUGAUGAGUCAGAUGCAGCGGUGGAGCUGGGUUAGCACCGGUGCUGCCACUGCUGCUGCCACUGGUGUGGCGACAGGUACCAGCACUAGCGAUGGCAGCACAGCUGAUAAGGCAGGCAGGAGUGACACAGAGAGUGACAACCAGCAGCAAAAGAGGGCUGAUGUGAAUGAGGGAGUUUCGGAUGGUAGCAGCAGCAGCAGCGUUUGGGAGGAGAAGGUGCAGCGGCUGCAAGGAGAGGUGGAUCGGUUGAAGGCAGAGGUGCAGGCAGAGCGCGAGUCAAGGCGAGCCAGCGAGCAGAGGAGUAACGAGUACACGAGACGUGUGAGGGAGCUAGAGUCUCUGCUGCAGUCCGCCAGGCAGCAAGCAGCAGAGGCGGAGAGGAGAGCAGAGAGGCACGCAGAGGAGAUCCCUGUGAUGCGAGCAGAACAGGCGGCGCUGCGGCGGCAGGUGGAGGAGGCGAGGAAGCAAGUAGCAGGUGUGGAGAAGGCACGACUGGAGUUGGAAACGGAGCAGAGGAGGCUGGCGCAGCAGCAGCAGGGCGCGGGCGCAGGCGGGGACAGGAAGAAAGAGUUUGAGAAGCUGCGAGGGGAGCUGAUUAAAGAGAGGUUGGAGAAGCAGGUGGUGGAGGAGCGGCGCGUGCUGCUGGCGGGGCGGUUGGUAGCCAUGGAGGCUGAGCUGGCAGGCUUGGAGGAGGUUCGGCAGAGGAAUGCGAAGCUGGAGGCAGAUGCGGAGACGAUGAGGGUUGCUGCGGAGCAGCUGCAGGCGGCUGUUAAAGCCAUGGAGGAAAAGAUGGCGGCUGCCCAUGGGAAGGAGGGAGGGGGGGAUGGGGGAGUAACAGGUGGAGUGGUGGGGCAGGUUGGGGGUGUGGUGGGUGACGGUGUGGCGUUGAGAGGGAGUGUGGUGGUUGUGGGUGAGGGGGAUGUGGGAGGGAGUGUGGGUGGUGGGGAGGAGAUGAGAGGGGGUGACGAGGGGCCUUCAUACAGUGGGGAAGGAGGAGGAGGAGCAGGAGCUGCAGGAGGUGGUGCAGGAGGUGCAGGAGGAGGAGCAGGAGGGGGAGCAGGGAGUGCAGGAGGAGGCGAGUCAGGGCCUCAGGACGUGGACUUUUGGAAGAGCUACGGGCUGCCCCAUGGGCGAGUGCCCCAAGGGGGGCGGCUGAGGGAGGAGCGCGUGGCACGGGGCGGCGGAGGUGGUGGGGGAGUCGGAGGAGGAGCAGGUGGUGCGGGAGGAGGGGGAGGAGGAGCGGGGGCAGGGACACGAGGCAAGGUUGCAGCGUCAACUCAGCCAUUCAGAACCCAGCCGCAGCAGCAGGCACAGGUGCAUGCACAGCAACGUGUGUGGGCAUUGAGUCCUGUGGUCGGACGGGCAGGCAGUGGUGGGGGCGGUGGAGGAGGGGCAGGGGGAGCAAGAGGGGGCGGGGUGAGUGGGGAGAGUGCGAGGAGGGGCAUGAGUCCCCUGCGAGGGGCCAGCCAGGCUCGCUCUUCCAGUCCUGUGCGCUCUGCUAGCCCUGCUCGCACUGCCAGGCAGCCUGCAGCAGGGGCAGGAGCAGGAGCAGGAGGUGUGGCGUUUGGCAGUGCGACUACACGCCAUGCGUCACCGGCACGCACAGCCAGACAGCAGCAGCAGCAGCAGAGUGUGGGGGUGGCAGGGAUGGGGGUGGGAGCAGCAGCGAGGAUAGCUGCAGGCAGGGCAAGUGGAGGAGGUAGUGGGGCAGGGCAUGCAGGAGGGGCAGGCAGCAGUGCGGGUAACCGGCAUGUGGGCGUGAUGGGUGCGUCUCUCUCUCACAGCACAGUCAGCAGCGGCGGCGGCUGUGGUGCCAGCAGCGGUGCUGUUGCAAGCAGCGGCUUGUAUGGGAGCCGAGGAGGAGGGGCUGCUGCGGUUGCAGCAGCAAUGAGGCGGAGCAGUGAACGCAGCAGCAGCAACCAUGCCGUGGCGGCAACACACGCAGAUGGCAGCAGCAGCAGCAGCGGGCAUCAUGGCAGUGUGACUGCGAGCGGCGGCGGCAUUGGCAGCGGCACAGUGACUGCCAGCCUGCUGGGCUGCAUGGGAGCAUCAAGCUUGCUGGAUGAGGGCGCAACGAAUCCUCUCUUUGGAGAUGAUGAUGAUGAAGAGGUAUCCAGCUCCUGUGAGGGGCUCACCAGAACCACAAACCACAUGCCAUUCUUAGGAUCUGCCACUGGGAACACCACUGGCGACGUGUUCAGUGCCCCGUCACCGGGCAUGUCUGGAAGCUCUAGCAGCAAUGGCGUUUGCGGUGUUGGUGGCACGAGCAGCAGUAGCAGCACGAUUAUCAACUGGCGUGGCCAUCCCCAAGCGAUGCAAGCUUCGUGGAUGGGAAGGGAGGGCACAGGCGGCCAUUAUAUGCUAUAG